AUGUUACACCCAACCGAUUGUUCGGUCACUGGUAUCGAUGCCUUUUGUACAAUUUCCAUGGGCAAAGAUAAAUUUCUCACAGAUGUACGACAAAAAACCUGUUCACCUGAUUGGCAAGAACAAUGUGAUAUGCCAAUAUCUGAAGAUGCUGUUGUUAAAAUCACUGUUUAUCACAAACAUAAAACGGCCUUAUCAAAUGAAGAUUUUAUUGGACGAAUCUACAUAAAUCUAAGAGAUCUACAAGACUACGAAAAAGUACACACAAAUUGGUAUAAGUUAGUAAAUAAAGAUGGUAAAUUUGAUAAAGAUCGGGGAGAAGUCGAAGUGACUAUUCAAUUUUUUGCCAAAAAUGGUGCAACAGGAAGUGUAUUAGAUCUUAGUACAAAGAAAAAACAUCUAUCAUUAAAAGACAUCAAACAUUCAUUAGGUAAUAAACUGAAAACAGCGAAACAAAAGAAAAGUAAAUACAGUGCAGAAAAUCAGUUAGCUGAACAGCGCAGUCGAUUAGGUGGCGAUGGAUCCCAAUCAGGUCGAGAUUUUCUGGAUGAUUCUGUAUCAGAGGGUACAGCCUCAUUUGCUGGCUCUCACAUGUCAUUGAACAGUGCAUCAUUUGAUGAUCGACCAAAAAAGGUAUGUAUUUGCUUACUUGUUGAUUAUUAGUAUCAUUAGAUAUCAAAAAGUUGCGCAAGAUAAACGUGCAAGCAACUCUCAAUUCACUUUUGUUUGUAGACGAUGUCUUUAAACAGAAAUAAUGAUGUAAGUUUUAUUGAUUUUAUUUUGUCAGGAUUAUGUAUAUUAACAGCAUGCUAUUCUUUUAUCCUUUUCGCCCAAACUAUCUAUCCGCAUGCCCAUAUUUUGUGUUUUUGUAAAUUGCAUGGUGAUAUGUAGAAAUAAAAUUGAAUUUGUUAUAUAAACUUGACAUCAUAAUAUCAAUAUCAUCAAGUAACCCGUUCAUUUCCGAUUUUUGUUUGAGUUAAAUUUCUUUAUAAGUCUUAAACGACGCAAGAUAUUAACAUGCGGUUUUCAACAUUCGAUAGCCAAUACUUUAAGCUAUGUUUUCAU